AUUAACUCUCAACUAAGGCAACGCACCAAGACGGAAUAGACCCGCAACCGCUGCGCCCCCUUCCGAUAGAUUCACGUUCUCUGCGAGGGGAAGGAGGAGGAGGAGAACGGCCAACCCCUGCGCGAGACGAGCCUCUACAAGUAUUCCCCAUCAAUUUGGGUCAAUCGAGGGCUUCUGAGGUGGCUAAUUUCGAGAGGUACAACGUACAAGAGGAGGAGCCAUGAACGGUGGUAGCAAGCAAACGCUGAUAUACAGCUUCGUGGCCAAGGGCUCCGUGGUGCUGGCCGAGCACACCGCCUUCUCCGGCAACUUCAGCACCAUCGCUGUGCAGUGCCUCCAGAAGCUGCCCUCCAACAGCACCAGGUCCACCUACUCCUGCGAUGGCCACACAUUCAACUUCCUCGUCGACCGUGGUUUUGUGUUCCUUGUGGUGGCCGAAGAGGCACUCGGAAGGAGCGUGCCGUUUGUGUUCCUAGAGAGGGUUAGGGAAGACUUCAUGCAGCGAUAUGGGUCCAGUAUCGAUGAGGAGGGACAACACCCACUUGCUGAUGACGCGGAUGAGGAUGAUUUCCUGUUUGAAGACCGGUUUAGCAUUGCCUACAAUCUUGACAGGGAAUUCGGGCCAAGGCUGAAGGAUCACAUGCAGUAUUGUAUUAAUCAUCCAGAGGAAAUUAACAAGCUCUCUAAGGUGAAAUCACAUCUUUCAGAGGUUAAAGGGAUCAUGAUGGACAACAUCGAGAAGAUAUUAGAUCGUGGCGAGAAGAUUGAACUUUUGGUGGGCAAGACCGAAACCUUACAGUCGCAGGCUGACAGCUUCCAUAGGCAUGGCAGAGAGCUCAGGCGCAAGAUGUGGCUUCAGAACCUGAGGUUUAAGCUGAUGGUCGGUGGUGGCAUCGCGUUUUUGAUCCUCAUCCUCUGGCUAAUGGUUUGCAGGGGCUUCAAGUGCUAGAGUUCAGAGUCUUCAUUCGCCCUUUUUUCCUUGUCAUUUGAUGUUCUGUUUACUGUGUCAUGUGCAUGCAUACAAUGACCACCAAAUUAUGCUUUCCCUAUGUUCUGAACACAGUUAUGUGGUGUGAGACCCUAAUUCCUCAUAGACCAUCCUUAUGUUCCAUAUAAGACCAUAGGGAUCUGGAGUACUUGUGUAAGCUUUGUGGAAAGAAGGGGACGCCACUUGAUUAUCUGUACAUUCUGAAAUGCAACCUUAUUGCCUGGA